UUCAAUUUCAAUCAGGUAUCAAUGCAAUCGGGGCACAAAGAUAUUGAGAACCUUAUUAAUAAAUCUCUAAAUUUGAAUUGCCCCUCAAAAGCAACGCAAUUUAGCAAAAGUAUACAUAAAACUAAUAAAGAUAAUCCCACAAAAAUUAAACCCAAUCAAUUAUCCCACAAAUCUAGUGAAAAAGCUGCACAUUGGAAAAAUAUUGAUAACUAUCAUGAACUUUUUUCUUCUGAAAAUGAUGAAUUUGGUGAAUUUCAAAGUGUUCAUAACUCUAAAGAUAAUAAGGAUAAUGAUUUUGGUGAAUUUGAAUCCUAUGCAAUAAAUGACACCUUGAAUAAAAUUUACUUGCCUUUUGCUAGUCAAAUUAAUGGGCUUGAUAAAAAGAUUAUGCUUAUAGAUAAUAAAAUUAUGAGCACCAUAACUAGUCCCCAAGUUAAAUCUUAUCCCUUAUCAGGGAAAAAUUUGUAUAUAAAUUCAAAUACUCAUUUAAUACAUAAAACACAUGAUAUUUUGACUGAUCGUGUUUUGCCUAAACUACCCAAAAAUGAUAUUUUAAUUAAUGAUUCUUAUAUAAAUAUUUUACAACCUAACACCUGCAAAUUUAAUAACGAAUUUGAACCUAAUCUAAAACAAAUUAAUCAUACCAACAAAAAGGAUGAGAAGGGUCAAAAUUCUAUCUUAUCUGAAGAAAAUGAAAAUAAAACAAAUUUUUAUUCCAAUGAAGAUCACUCCUCCUCUACAUCUGACAUUAUAUCAAUUCUUAGCUUGGAUUUAUAUUCAUUACCAACAUCAAAUUCAUUCAAUAGUAAAAUGAACCAAAAUGUAAUCUUAUCACAAAAUAUCAAAUCUUCUAGUAUAUUAACCCCACCCAUGCCUAUUUGUACACCUGAUAAUGAUAUUGAUGAGAAUGAUUUCUUACCUUUUGAUAGUUAUCAAAGCCAUAAUAAAGCCUAUAUCAAUAAUUUAGAUAAUUUAUCAAAAUUUCAUAAUUACAAUAUUCCACCUCCAAGCAAAUGCCUCAAUGAAACCUUAAAAAGUGUUGACAAUAUUUGUGAGAAAGUAGCUCAACCAAACUAUUCCCCAUCUAUACCUAUUUGUACACCUAAUACUGAUAUUGAUGGGAAUGAUUUCUUACCUUUUGAUAGUUAUCAAAGCCAUAGUAAAGCCUAUAUCAAUAAUUCAGAUAAUUUUUCAUUGAAAUUUAAUAAUUAUGAAACUCCACUUUCAACCAAAUGCCUCAAUGAAACCUUAAAAAGUGUCGAUAAUAUUUGUGAGAAAGUAGCUCAACCAAACUAUUUAGCUCUGAGAAAUGAAGUGCCAUAUCCUUCCUUUACGGAAUGGCAUAUAGUAUUAGAUCGAUGCAAGAGUUAUUUAAGAUCGUUUUUGCAUGAGUUACAAACGCUCAAAAAAGAUUGCUUAAAAAUGAUUCUCGAUUCUCCUCAAAUCCAUAAAUAUGCUGCAAAUUUACACGAAAUAUAUAUUAUCUCUCAAAGGAUCAAGAAAGCAUUUGAUUAUUUAGAUAUUCAAUAUUCCAGUAUACAAGAUUUGAACGCGGAUAUAGAUCAGAUGGCUCUGAGUUUGCUCAAAUUAUACCAAGAUAAUGGAAUUCAGACCUUCGAAUUUUCGUGUCCCGCCGCUCUGAAUUCCCUUAAAUUCGCUACAAUCGAAAACCGAUUUUGCCAUAUCUGUUUCUUACAAUUUCGGGAGGGCGAGAUCGAUAGCGUCGCGUCUAUUGUGUUCGAUGCCUGGGCCGGAGUUAGCGAUCCUGGCGAUACCGAUAUAUUUUACCACCGAUCUUGCAUCAAUAUUUGGCGAGCCGUUGAAAAUGGCGGAGAUUUUAGUGAUUUUGGGAAGAAAUAAACGUUUCAUGAAAUACGACUAUUUUAUUUUUUAUAAAGGAAUUCCUUAUCUCAAGUCUUUAUCUUUUUUGAAAAAAAUAAAUAAGAUAUUUAUAAUAUAUUUACCGCAAUCAUUUUAACUUGAAAAUGAAGUAUUAUUAUAUAUACCUAAAAAAAAUAUUCAUAUUAUAUUCAUAUUAUAUAUUGUAUAAAACAUUCCUCGAAAAUAUAAAUAUGUCUAUUUUCCUCAUUCUUUUUCGUGAUUAUG